AUGACUCAGUUAACGCAAGUAACUUUUUCAAGGGCGGCUAUGUGUGUAGUCAACCAUGUCAGAAUUUAUUACAAAUAAUAUUUAGUUGAAUACACUGCUAUAAGAAUACUUGAUAUUAGGAUCGAGUUGAGGAUUAGGAGUUUCGGAUAUUUGAAGAUGCUAGAUUUCUUGUCCAGCAUUAGCCGUGUAGUUCCUGUUAAUGCCACUCCUAUUGCUACCUAUUCAAUGAUUAACGACGUUGGGCUUAGGCAAAAAUCAUGUUUUGAUUUAUCCUGA